GCUCACUCGUCCUUCGCCGGUUAAGAAGAAAUAUGAAGAAGAAGCCUCUUGUGUUUAUGGAUUUAUCCAUCUUUAAACGUCCUCCUGAUAGAUUAGUAAUCGAGCUUUUUUAUGAUGAUGUCCCUAAAACAGCCGAGAAUUUUCGAGCCCUCUGCACAGGGGAUAAGGGGAUUGGAAAAGAUACCCAAAAACUAUUGCACUACAAAGGAACUAAAUUCUUUUAUUUUUCAGACUGUGCUGCUCUAGGAGGUGAUUUCGAGAAUAAUGACGGCACCGGUGGGGAAAGCAUCUACGGAGGAACUUUUCAAGCUGAGAGGAGUCCAUGGCGUUGUAGUGGGCCCGGUAUACUUAUGACGCUAAGUCAAGGAGCCCCAGAUGCCACUGGAUCUCAGUUCGUUCUAUGCUACAGACACUCGACCGAUCUUGAAGGGGACAAUACCGUUUUUGGAAGGGUAAUAAAGGGAAUGGAUACGGUUCUACGUCUUGAGAUGAUGGGAAGAGGCACGUCUGUAGAAAUUGUAGACUGUGGUGAACUUUCUGGAGAUUAUGUGCCAGAGUCUGAUUCUUAUAAACCCUCACCUCUUGCAGCCUGGAGACAAAAACGGGAAGAAAUGGCUACUGCAUUUUUGCACAAAUUCCUUUCUCGUAAGGUCGUUGAUAGGGAAGCUACAUCUGAAAAGCCUUCUAGCAAUCCAGACGAGAUGUCGGAAUCACAUGAAUCGAAUGCUGAGAAAUCGGAAUUGACCAACAGUUCUAGCUAUCCACAUCAUCGUUCAGAUGAUACACUCAAACCCAGGGGUGCCCGAAUUGUUUAUGUAAAGAGGAACAGUGGAAGCACAAUAUCUGAAGAUGAAAACGUCACAAAGUCUGAUAAAGUCGUCGAGACUGUUUUGGAUACACGACGUGAAUGGGAUGGAAGCUCAAUUCUUGUAGUUGAAGACAACAUUGUGACGGAGUCUGAUAAAGAACCUUGUAAUGUACUCAAGAGGGCUUUAAAUAUAAAUGAAAAAAAUGCUGCUGCUUAUUAUUAUUUGCUUCCAGUCGUUGAAGAAGAAAACGACACUGUGAUGGGGUUUGAAUUUGAUAAAGAACUCAAGUUCGAAAUACUGAGGUCUCCGCAUGGUGUAAUCACGUCGGUUCUGGAUACAUGUGAAUCAAAUGCUGAGAAGAAAGUGGCUGCUGAUAAGGAAUUGACGAACAGUUCUAGCAAUGAUACAAGCAAAUCCAGGGAUGUCCGGAUUAUUGAUUUAGUGAACCAGUCUAAGAAGAGAAGUGGAAGCCCAAUCUCUUCCGAGGAAGAUGAAAACAACACUGUGACGACGGAGUCUGAUAAAGGGUUUUUGCACGAUGUAAUCAUGCCGUCUUUGGAUACACGUGAAUCAAAUGCUGAGAAGAAAGUGGCUGAUGAUAAGAAGAGGAAGAGUUUGGAGGUUUGGCCGGCGAUUGCAGGAGCGGUGAUUUUGGGUGCGGCAGCAUACUUCCGCCAUCAAAAGUCUGGAGUGGUCUACAGGGAGCAGCAUCGUAACCGUUGAGGAUACGGUUCUUUUGUUUGGUUUACUACAAGGGCAUCUAUCUAUUAUCAAAGUUUAUGCAACUGUCGUAACAUCUAACCACCAAAAUACGGUUAUUUUGUUUGGCUUACUAGAGAGGCAGCUAUUUAUUAGUAGAAUGCAAAGUUUAUGCAACAGUUGUAACAUCUAACCACCAGAAUACGGUUAUUUUGUUUGGUUAGUUUUAGUUUAAUGGAAUACAAAGGUUUUGUAGCUGUUUCAAGUUA